AUGCUGUCCAAUUGCUAUGAUUGCUCUGCUUUACAUGCACGUGAUUCCCUGAAAUGUUAUCGGCAUAAUAAAGUUUACAAUAUUGGAGACAAACUUGACGACACUCAGCUGAAAAAAUCUUGCAUAGUUGGAUGUGAAUGUUCAUUAGGACACUUCACAUGUGGUCAUAUUGAUUGUCCGCAAUUCUUCGGAAACGGACCAGAACCACCUAAAGAAGGAUGUGUCGAAUAUGGAACAGAAACUUGUUGUGAAAAUCGUGAAGUUUGUGGAAAAGAAUUAGAAAGCAUCGAGAAAUGUCAAUACCAAGGCAAGACUUAUUAUGAAGAUCAAUCAUUUGAACCAAAAGACAGUUGCUAUACAUGCGUUUGUCAGAAAGGUUUUGAAGAUAAACCAGCUGAAGAGAACAAGCAUUGCAGGAAAAUCGACUGUAAAUUUGAACUUCUUUAUAGCGAUCGAUUCUUACGAGGUUGCAUUCCGGUUUAUUGGGAAACUGAUACUUGUUGUCCGAUUGAUUGGAGAUGUCCCAGCGAUGAACCCACAAAAGUAAUUGCUGGACCGAAUAGCAACGACGGUCAAAACUUCGAGAAUACUUGCGUGUUUGGUGAUUUGAGAAUGAACAUUGGGGACACAUUGACACCUGAAACUAAUCGACCAGAUGACAAUUGCAGAGUGUGCACUUGCAAGGUUCCACCAUACGCUCAUUGCAUUCAAACUUGUAAUUAACAAAGUCUCUGUUUGUCAUUUAAUCUGACAAAAGUUACAGUCACAAGAAUAAUAAAAUGAAAUUUGGUAAUUCCAAUCACGUUAUCAACAU